UAUUCCAAAUCAUAAUGCUUUAUCUUUAACAAAAACUCAAGACAUUGAGUGAUUUUUUUUUCCUGGUAGGACCUUUUUUGAAACAUGUAAAAUAUAAACACAUCUAAUACCGUCUAAAUAUGCAAGGUUAUACUGUAGAUUAAAAUAAAUAAAUGUGUUUAAUUGCAAGUGAUUUUGAAGAAACGCAGUAUAUGUAGGGAAAGAGGGAAAGGGAAUUACAUGCAGUAGAAAUGUAAAGCCGGAAGUCCAACAGCUGACUGACGGCUCCGGACGCGUCCAGCAUUUUUCAAACCGGGUGCGUUCAGCUAAACGUGAUCACGUGGGCAACAUUAAACGCGCGCCAACCCCAGGUCCUGAUGGGAAGUGUUGCUGUUUGCAUCCAGCCCAAGUCUUGCUAUCUACACAGCUUCUGCACCCAGCUGAGAAUCACCGUGACGAGAAGAACUGCCUGCAAGUCUUGGUAAGUGACACGCCAGCAAAAGCUAAUGAAACAGUAGAUGUUGCAGUAGCAGUGUUUAUAUUAUGCGUCAAACGUUGGUAAAUAGAGGUGUCUCUAUUUAUGACAGAGUUUCUGCGUUAUUCUUGUAAGUCAGUUGUGUUUUUUUUAACGAGGAUUGCAGCACUUGGUCAGCUUGUUUUGUCAGAUUUGGGGGUGAAAAUGAUAAUGGCUAUUGCAUGUGAAGUGGGAAAUUUCGGUGAAGUCUGUUCAUUUCAGUAUUUUCCUUUGUUUCACAGCACCAGCACUGCUAAGGAAGGGGAGUUGAACAAAGAUUGAGGAGGUGACAACGGAUGGGAUGGCAGUGUAAGCUCUGCACAUUUGUAGAUUCAUCAAAAGGAGGACUUCUCAAGCACUAUCCAGUGACCCACCUUUGGUCAUGGAUAUUCAGUACCCUGUCUGCAUUUAAACUGUCCUUGCUCAUUCAAGACAUGGGGUGGCCUGCACACACACUUGCAUAGAUCCCACAGUUUCCAGGAACCCGAGGACGGGGAAGUUGUGCAAUCUUUUAGAUGCAAAAUGUGUGACUCAGUUUAUCCUAAUAAAAUACUUUUUUCAACAUAUUAACUCUCACUUGAAAAGACAUGAAACCACCGAAUGUGCUUUUGUUGGAUGCGAUUUCCAGACAAACAUAUAUGGGACUUAUGCAACACAAGGAAGUAGAAAACACAAGUCCUGUUCAUUGAAAGAUUUUAAGGCUGAUGUGAUUGCAUUUUUGGAGCAUUAUCCUGAUAUGAUAAGAGGGUUGGGUCCUUUAGUUGGUCUCUGGACUAUGCAUUUUGAGGCAAAGCAUCGUUUCUUUAAACGAGUUGUCAGAUACACUAACAGCUUCAGAAAUGUCCUGAUGUCACUUGCCACAAAGCACCAAAUGAUGAUGGCAUACCAUUCACAGGCAAAUGCUUUAAAGCCUGUAACAUGUGUCACAAAAGUAUCAUCUCUUCCAUUAGAGCUUCUUGAUUUAGAAAUACAGCAGUCCUUGAAGGAGGUUUACCCAACACAAACUUCUGUGAAGUUGACCACUGUAGUGAUUCACUAUGGAACAAAAUAUGUUGCCGGGAUGAUUUUGCCUUAUGGGUCUACUGGUGGCCUACCUGAUUUUGUGGAGAUUUCACAGUUUGUUGUUGUAGACCACAAUCUCAGUUUUAUUGUGAAAUUACUAAACUGCUGGUAUGAUGAACAUUUUAGAGCAUUUAUGUUGAAACACUCUGGAAAACUGACCCUGCUACAGCAUAGCGAACUUGGUGAUACAUAUCCUUUGACAGCAUAUUUUGUGAGUGGCCAACAAAUGGUUACAUUGAAACGUCACAUUGUUUGCCAGUAAUAGGUGAAGAGACUGUUGAAAUGCCCAAGACCUGCCUUCAUUCAGAUUAGUGAUUUUUCUAUUUUUAUUCAGAUGGGUUCAGUUGCCUUGAAAGUCAUUCUAGAACACCAGAGUGAGAAGCUUACCCUGUCUUCAGGAAUGCCCAGCACCGUGGAGCAGUUACACGAGACUGUGAAGGAGGCAUUUGGACUCAUUGAGGAUUUCACCCUGCAUUACUUGGAUGAGGACUUUGGUGAUUUCUUCGCACUCCAUUCUACCAACCAGAUCAAACACAAAGGGACAAUCAAAGUAGUAAUCAUUCCAUCAGUAGUGCUCAUUGACUAGCCAUACUGAAAACCAGACAGAUGUAAGCAUUUUAAGUGAUAGCUCCACCUCUGCUACUGAUUCAGGGGCAGGUUACCCAACAGAUGGUGCAUCAGUUUCUUCACAAGACACAAUUAUACUAUCCCCAUGUGAAAGCCCACGUAGGACAUUAUGGCCAAAUAGAAUUAUCAUUCCACUGUUUUCUGUGGCAACAGAGACAAUACUGAGAAAUGCCAAUGAACAGUUUGCAUGAAGAUGGUGCUGUGCUGACUAAUACUCAGAUCAAGUCUGAAAUCAUGGAGAAAUUAGCAGACUACAUGUACAGGUACACAGCCUACCCCACAAGCCUUCAGAUUGGUGAGGUGGCAGAGGCUUUAGUCAGAAAGCACCCAUGUUUGACAGAACCAGGCAGCUGUAAUGGCUGGAUUGGAUGGAUGUACAGUUUGAAGUACAAGAUGGGAAAUUACAGAUCAAAGCUUCGAAGUCUUGGAGUUCCUGAGGUUACCUGCAACAAGCACCCUGAUGAAAAGGCACCUGCAAAGAAUAUAAAGAAAGCAAGAAAAGGAGAAGUCGUGUUUCUCCCAUGCUAUCCUGGAGGAAACAGCAAGGAGCAACAAGAGCUGGACCGACGGCAGCUAAUCCCAGAGUCAAAGAAAAAGGACAGUACAGCAAUCAAGGGCUUAAUGUGCAGCACAUUUUCACAUAGAAGAAAUGAUGUCAUCAGCCUGCAGAUGAGCAUCAAAGAGAUCACUGAGAGAUGGCCUACCUUGUUUGAUAUUUUGCAGGUCAGCGUAGAGUUUCAGAGGAUCACCACAAUGAAUCUUGAGCCAAAAUUCAUGUCAAGGUUGGACUUCUGUUCCCCCAAACUGCGGUCCCUGUUCCAAGUAAAGGUGCUGCAGGAGAACGGCAUCGGGCUCGAAUGAGUGUAUUUUUUUUCGAUUAAUCAAUGAAUCGGAUAAAAAAAAAAACAAAAAAAACAGCACAUUUUUAAUUUCCGCCGCUUUAUUCAGAAAGAGAAGAUUUGGACUGACAGAGCAAAUAAGAUCAUUGUAGCGAAGCCUUCGUCUUCAACCACUGACAGAGCAAGUAAGUAGUCCAAAGAGCAAAACACAAAGUACACGCACACACAUAUAGAUAGAUAGAUAGAUAGAUAGAUAGAUAGAUAGAUAGAUAGAUAGAUAGAUAGAUAGAUAGAUAGAUAGAUAGAUAGAUAGAUAGAUAGAUAGAUAGAUAGAUAGAUAGAUAGAUAGAUAGAUAGAUAGAUAGAUAGAUAGAUAGAUAGAUAGAUAGGACAAGCACCAUAAAAAAUACUAAAUAAGUUACUUUAACUCCGGUCUAAAUGCAGUUCAUCCUGCCUCACUCCAACACAGACCAGUGUCUUCACUCAGACUUUGUGAGAAAAUUAAAACUUGAGGCUUAAUCUUUAAAUUACUAUCACCAUUGUAGGCAAGUUACGUUUAUUUAAAAAGCAUAUUCAAACCCUGCUUAAGCUGAUUAAAUUGAAAUAAAAAGUUUCACGCGCGCGCGUGCACACACACAC